AUGUCUACCACUAGCCAAAACUCUGACCCUCUUCCUAUUUUCAUGGGAGAAAACCACGACUUCUGGAGUAUUAAAAUGAAGACCUAUUUUAUGUCUCAAGAUUUAUGGGACAUAGUUGAUAGUGGCUUCAAUAAUCCAGAAAACCCAACUGUAGAACAGUUGAGGCAACUUAAGAAAGAUCAACAAAAAGAUGCAAAGGCCUUAUAUGCCCUGCAACAAGCCUUGCAUGAUACGAUUUUUCCAAGAAUCAUGGGAGCCACAACUGCAAGGGAAGCAUGGAAUACCUUAAAGGAGGAAUUUCAAGGCAAUGCCAAGAAUAUGAUGAGAGACCUUCCAAACAUAAAAGAGAUCCAUGAUGUCUGUGAAGGUUGCCAACUUGGCAAACAACAUCGACAAGCAUUUCCAUCUGGAAAGGCUUGGAGAGCUAAGGCCUUGUUGGAGCUUGUUCACACAGACGUUUGUGGACCCAUGAGGACUCCAUCUCUUGAUAAUAACAGGUAUUUUAUCCUGUUCAUAAAUGACUAUACUAGAAUGACGUGGGUUUAUUUUCUGCGAGAAAGAUCAGAAGUGUUUAAUAUCUUCAAAAAAUUCAAAACCCAUGUUGAAAAACAAAGUGGCCACUAUAUUAAAGCUCUAAGAAGUGAUAGAGGAAAAGAAUAUACCUCUAAAGAAUUCAACAAAUUUUGUGAAGAUGAAGGGGUAGAGCAUCAACUAACAGUUGGCUAUGCUCCUGAACAAAAUGGAGUCUCAGAAAGAAAAAAUAGAACUAUCAUGGAGAUGGCAAGAUCCAUGAUAUUUGAAAAAGGCUUGCCAAACACAUUUUGGGCAGAAGCUGUGUAUAUAGCAGUAUACUUGCUAAAUAGAUGCCCAACAAAAGCCUUACAAAAUAAGACUCCUAUUGAGGCUUGGAGCAAUAUAAAGCCAUCAGCAAAGCAUCUCAAAGUAUUUGGAUGCAUUUGCUAUGUGCACAUCCCUAAAGAGAAAAGACACAAGCUAGAAGAAAAAUCUGAAGUUGGUAUAUUUCUGGGAUACAGUUCUCAAUCUAAAGGCUAUCGAAUCUACAAUCCCAAAACUAAGAAGUUCAUGAUAAGCCGAGAUGUUGAGUUUGAUGAAUCGGCUUCAUGGAACUGGGACGAAGAAAAAGUUGAAAAGAAAAGUGUAACUAUAACACAACCGUGCAGAGAGGAAAAUGAAGAAACUCCAGGUACGAUUCCUCAACCUACAACUCCUCCGGCAAUACAAGAUGAAGGCUCUCCAUAA